UCAUGUAUGAUGGAGUUCAGUCUCUUUGGAAUAUCUUUUACAGGAGCCGAUAUCUGUGGCUUCUUCAAAGACUCCGAGUAUGAGCUGUGUCUUCGCUGGAUGCAGCUGGGCGCAUUUUACCCAUAUUCGAGGAAUCACAAUCAGAAAGGAACAAGGAGGCAAGAUCCUGUUUCCUGGAACUCAACAUUUCAGGAGAUUUCCAGGACCAUGCUGAAUAUAAGAUACACCCUGUUACCCUACCUCUACACAUUAAUGUAUGAUGCCCAUGCCCAUGGCAGCACUGUGAUCCGCCCCAUGCUCCAUGAGUAA